AUGUCUAUCCUCCAACACCCUUCAAAAGCAUGUGCACCACCUCCCUCGCAGCAAAACUCAAAAUCUGCCCCAGUCCCCACACCAUCUCAUCCCGCACUACCACCACCCUUCCAACAUCCUCUUGGCACCAUACCCCACGCAAUACGAGGCUACCUCUCGACCUUCUCGAAUAUACAAGUAGAAGGGAAGCCGUAUGAUUGCUGCUCAGCGUGCAGUGACAGGGUGCUCGAGGCUUACAACGCAAAUCCCUGGGAGUUCAUCUCUAGGGCGUUGAACGAAAAAGGCUGGGUCGAGGAGAUGAGUGGCUUAAAGGAGGUGCAGAGAAGAGCUGAUGAGGCGGCGGCAAAUGUAGAAUGGGAUGAGGAGGAUGAAGGAGGAUUGGACGAAGAGGGCGAGAUGCUUUGA